AUGGUGCAAAUAUUAAUUCAACAAGCAGAAAAUUCAACAGAAUUAAUUUUAAUUGAAUUACAAGGCGCAUUAGAAUAUGCUGCUGACAAACAAUCAUUGUCUGGUGAACGUCUUGGCUUUCUUUUUUUUACACAAAAUGAAAUGCCAGUAUGUGUAAUUGGACAACAUAUUCUCGAUGGAAAAAUGGUAGAACUUGACAAACCUUUAUUAGUAAUGCGUAAACGACAAGUAGAUGGAAUUAAUAAUACAAGUUAUCAAGUUGAAUGUACAAUCAAACGAAAAUUGCUCUUUCAUAAACGAUCAAAACCAAUCGUGCACUAUGCACCAAAGAAAUGUUGA